AUGUCAAGUAGUUUGGAACCCCGAACUAGUGCCAAGUGCACUAUCUGGACAUCUCAGGGCCCGCUCAAGGUUGAGUUGUGGGCCAAGCAGUGCCCGAAAGUAGCUUUGAGAUUUUUGAAAAAUUGUGUCAAUGACAGAUAUAAUGGUGUCAGUUUCGAACGAAAAGUGUAUGAUGCAGCUGUGCAAACAUCAGAGAUCGAUAAUGAGCCAUGGGGAGUAUUGGAGAGUGAUUCGAGAAUUAAAAUGAACCGAAGAGGUCUUUUGGCCAUCAAUUUAGAGUCUAAAGGCGAUUUUUUCAUCACACUUCGAGAAACACCUGAAUUGGAUGGCCAAGUGACAGUGCUUGGCCAAUUGGUCGACAACACAUUUUACACGCUGCUAGACAUUGCGGGAAAGGAGCUGGACUCUGAAAAAAAGGAUGGCAGGUUUCUGUACCCUGCUAUUGUGGACCGGAUUGAAGUGGAAGAGCAGUUCUUCACAGAAGACAUGAAAAUGGAAACGAAAAAAAGGGAGACUUCUGUUACUUCACAAGGGUCCCGCAAACGUGCCAGGAAAAGCGCUAAAGUACGGCUCGAUUACGAUGACGAAGAUGAACACAACGAAACAGUCAACGUCAAAAUCACAUCAGCUCAUGACCUUUUGGUCCCAAAGGGUCUGAUGCGCUCAGCAAAAAAUGCCCAGGGCGAUGUUAAGCAUGAGGUUCAGCAGGCGAAAGAAAUUCGGGACGGUCCCGAUAUCAACAACGACGAUCCUUCGGAGAAGGCCAGGAAACAUCAUGAAAACAAACGUGUGGAUCAAAAUGUAACAAAGACCAAUACAUCGUCAAAAUCUGCAAGAACUCAUAACCAGCAAACUGAGGGAUCACCGAAUCCUACCAGUGAGCCUGAGAGGCGGGAAAUGGAAACGAUGGAACUUCUCGCGAAAUUCAAACAAAAGCUGGCCAAAGCUAGCGCCCUCAAUUCCCACGAACUCAAUUUCGGCGAUAAGAAACCUUGA